CCUUACACUUUCAUUCGUCUCGGAUUCACCUGCCUUUAGUACAAGAAAGGACCUCUCCACAGCAGUAAGAUCGAACACGAGAUAGGAAGAUACCCUUGUCCCAAGUCGCAACGUCUUUUUAGUCGCUCGCCUGCAUAAUUACGAGUACACCUCUGCGCAACCCCUCACCAGGGAAGUCGACCACUUAGAGCUUGAACAGAAGGAGAUCUUGAUCUUGCAGCCAAAACCUACUCUUGAACUAUAAAUUGUCCAGCAAAGUACUGGCACCUACGAUUUUCCCUUCAAAAGUACCUAUCACAGGUAGACGUUUCCAAGUACUAGUCGCCGUUCCGUCGUUAUUUACACCUUAGAUAGCUCUUGCCAUCUAAGCGCGGAUAGCGUUGAGUUGGUGCUAGCAAGGAUAGAACUAUGAGCCAGCCGCCUCAUCGAUCUAGUCUCGGGAUGUUGCUUCGACGCAGUAAAUCGGGCGACCUGGGCAAGGGUGGUAGGAAGCACCAUAAGGAGGUGUCGCAACGGGAAAGCGUUCCUAAGUCCCCCCCUCGUCUGCCCGAUCUCUACAAUGGUGCUCAACCUCCUGAACCACUUCAGAGCUUUGGAGGCGAUACCCGCCCGGAUUCUAUCGCCAUCGUUUCUGGAAAAGUCGACCAUUCGUUUCACCACUUCCCACCUAGACCGUCUAUCGAUCCCGGUCGUCCAUCGAUGUCCUCCGUCUCCAGUCCUCCCGUACCUCCCGUUCCUAGCGGAGUUUACGUUGAUCCCUACGCUCGUACCGAAAGUAUGACGCACCGUGGCCGAUACAGCUAUGCGAGUAGUGCCAUGAGCACUAUCAAUAGUCCUAGAAGGGUCCGUAGGAGGAAGGACCCUACUCCUUUUAAUAUUCUAAUUGUGGGCGCCCGUGGCUCCGGAAAGACCUCGUUCCUUGAAUUUCUCAAGACCGCCUUGGCCCUGCCAGAGAAGAAACGAUCUCAGCGGUCGACUGAGAUUGAACAAGAGGUUACUUCCAAUGCAACUCCCUCGGGUAACUUCAUACCGCACUACCUCGAGAGCGAAAUCGACGGCGAGCGUAUCGGCUUGACCUUGUGGGACUCGGAGGGUCUCGAGAAGAAUGUGGUAGAUUUACAAUUGAGAGAAAUGUCGACGUUCUUGGAGAGCAAGUUUGAGGAAACCUUUGCUGAGGAGAUGAAGGUGAUCCGAUCACCCGGCGUUCAGGAUACGCAUAUCCACGCAGUUUUCCUCGUCUUGGACCCUGCUCGUCUGGACCGGAAUAUAGCUGCCGCGAAAGCUGUCUCGGCUAACGGCUAUAGCGGAAAGUACGAACAAGAUAUCGGCCGCGUCAUAGGCGGUCUAGACGAAGAUCUUGAUCUACAGGUAAUGCGAACCCUCCAGGGCAAGACAACAGUGAUACCGGUUGUCUCGAAAGCCGACACGAUAACCACCGCUCACAUGGCUGUCCUCAAGAAGACUGUCUGGGCUAGCCUCAAGAAAGCAAACUUCGAUCCCCUCGAGGCAUUGGGUCUCGAUGACGAAGAUGAUAGCACGCCAGAUUCUAGCAGAAUCGACGAGGCCGAGGAGGAGGAUCAAGAGGAAGGCAAGGCAGCAGAGUCAGUAGAGUCAGGAGACGAUAAGCAAGACGAGGAGGAACCCGCAAUCAUAGAAGACGAUAGUGCUGGAGCAGAGGAUGGAGAGCUCCCCAUUCAAGGCAGAGUUUCGCCGGCUUCAAAACGCCGCUCGAAUACCUCCACUCGCCGACCUAAGUCAUCUGAGGGAGAGACAACUGAAGAACUUCCUUUCCUGCCAAUGUCCAUAAUCAGCCCCGAUAUCUACGAGCCUGGCGUUGUUGGUCGCAAGUUUCCCUGGGGUUUUGCGGACCCUUACAACGAGGAGCACUGUGACUUCACCAAACUGAAGGAUGCUGUAUUCGGCGAGUGGCGUGGUGAACUACGCGAGGCCAGCAGAGAGCAAUGGUACGAGGGAUGGAGAACCAGUCGUCUCAAGCAGAGGCAACCUACGAGUCGACGUCGAUGAGAGAGGAUGGCGGAUGUCUUUGGUAGAUAAGACGUUUUUUCU